GUGUGUGUGUGUGUGUGUGUGUGAAUGAACCCGCCGAAUGCCUGUUAACCUGCGAACGGUGAGGAGGAGGAAAGCAGGGAGGGGAAAAUAACUGCUCAAUCGCUAGUAAUGCAGGCAGGGUGUGACUGGACUAUUUGAAACAAGAGCGUUCCUAUGGGCCGCCAGUGCAACAGUGCUGUCAUGUUACACACGUCUUACCGGAGAGAGAUUAGACCGUAACAAAAGAUGUUGGUGAUCGGGACGCUGGGUGAGUGGUUUUGGUGGGAUCGUCUCUGGCUGCCGGGGAACCUGACGUGGGCUGAUCUGAAAGAUGAAGACGGUCUCGUCUAUGCCAGACCUUCACACCUUUACAUCACACUGCCAUACGCUCUCAUCUUCCUGAUGGUCAGAUACUUGUUUGAGCGGUUAAUAGCGACACCUCUCGCAGCUUCACUGGGCAUUACAGAGAAAAUCAGACACAGAGCGGAGCACAACACUGUUCUUGAACAACACUUCACAACCAAGUCAAAAAACCCAGGACAGGCAGAUAUUGAUGGCCUGUGUAAAAAAUGCGGCUGGUCGAGUAGACAAGUGGAGCGCUGGUUCAGGAGGAGACGAAACCAGGACCGGCCCGGGGUUCUCAAAAAAUUCAGAGAGGCCAGUUGGCGAAUGAUCUUUUAUCUGUUGGCAUUCAUUGGAGGAAUCAUAGCUUUGUAUGAUAAACCCUGGUUUUACAAUGUGCCUGAAGUGUGGAGUGACUAUCCGAAACAGUCCAUGUUAGACUCACAGUAUUGGUAUUAUACUGUGGAGAUGAGUUUCUAUUUAUCGCUUGUUCUCAGAAUAACCUUCGAUGUCAAACGAAAGGACUUUAAAGAGCAGAUCAUCCAUCAUUGGGCCACACUGACACUCUUGGCUUUCUCCUGGUGUGGAAACUACAUCCGCGUCGGGACAUUGGUCCUGCUUAUUCACGACUCCUCAGACAUCCUUCUGGAGUCUGCCAAGAUUUUUAACUACGCCAAAUGGUUCAAAACUUGCAACGGCAUCUUUGUAGUGUUUGCCGCCGUCUUUAUAAUCACCAGACUCAUCAUCUUUCCCUUUUGGAUCAUUCACUGCACGUGGGUUUACCCGCCUUUGUAUUACCCACCGUUCUUUGGAUAUUACUUUUUUAACUUCAUGCUCAUCGUCCUCUUGAUGCUUCACAUAUUCUGGGCGUAUCUGAUUCUACGUAUGGUCAAGAUGUUCCUUUUUGGAAGUUUAACCAAAGACGAGAGAAGUGAUAAUGAAGAAGACGAGGAAGACGACGGGGAGACCAGCAUGACUGAGGACAAUGAUGAACAUGUGAAAGUGACCAAUGGCUGUAGAGGAGGAGGCGGGGCUAAUCAUCACUGACAACUCUUUCUCAAACUAUGAAGGACGUUGAAUUUCCCUCAGGGAUGCAAGGAGCCAAAAACAUACUUUUGAUUUAUCGUCAUAUAGAGACUGUGCCAGAGGACCUGUCUAAACAAAUUGCAUCUUUUAAUAAAAUUGAAAAAGCCUUUUCCCCCCAAAGGGCUUAACUGGA